AUGUUGCUCUUCGUGGAGCAGGUGACAUCUAAAGGAACUGGUUUAAAUCCUAAUGCCAAAGUAUGGCAAGAAAUACCUCCGGGAAAUACUGACGCUACGCCAGUAGCUCAUGGAACUGAAAGCUCUUGGCAUGAAACAGCAGCUACAUCAGGGUCUCUUCCUGAGGGUAAUAGAGAACUUGCAGAUGAUAUGUGUAAGGAAUAUGAAGUAAUGUAUUCAUCUUGUGAAACCGCAAGAAAUACUACAGGCAUUGAAGAAUCAACUGAUGGAAUGAUUUUGGGGCCAGAAGAUCUGAAUUAUCAAAUAUAUGAUGUUUCUGGAGAAAGCAACUCAGCAAUUUCUACAGAAGAACUAAAAGAGUGUUUAAAGAAACAAUUAGAAUUCUGUUUCUCACGAGAAAAUUUGUCAAAGGAUCUUUACCUGAUAUCUCAAAUGGACAGUGAUCAGUUCAUCCCAAUUUGGACAGUUGCUAACAUGGAAGAAAUUAAAAAACUGACCACAGACCCUGACCUAAUUCUUGAAGUUUUGAGAUCUUCUCCCAUGGUACAAGUUGAUGAGAAGGGUGAGAAAGUGAGACCAAGUCAUAAGCGUUGUAUUGUGAUUCUUAGAGAGAUUCCUGAAACAACACCAAUAGAGGAAGUAAAAGCUUUGUUUAAAAAUGAAAACUGCCCCAAGGUGAUAAGCUGUGAGUUUGCGCACAAUAGCAACUGGUAUAUCACUUUCCAGUCAGACACGGAUGCACAACAGGCUUUUAAAUACUUAAGAGAAGAAGUUAAGACAUUUCAGGGCAAGCCAAUCAUGGCAAGGAUAAAAGCCAUCAAUACAUUUUUUGCUAAGAAUGGUUAUCGAUUAAUGGAUUCUAGUAUGUAUAGUCAGCCCAUUCAAACUCAAGCACAGUAUGCCUCACCGGUCUUCAUGCAGCCUGUAUAUAAUCCUCACCAACAGUACUCUGUCUAUAGUAUUGUGCCUCAGUCUUGGUCUCCAAAUCCCGCACCUUACUUUGAAACACCGCUGGCUCCCUUUCCCAAUGGUAGUUUUGUGAAUGGCUUUAAUUCACCAGGAUCUUAUAAAACAAAUGCUGCUGCUGCCGCUGCCGCUGCCGCCGCUGCUGCUACUAUAAAUAUGGGUCGACCAUUCCAAAAAAAUCGUGUGAAGCCUCAUUUUAGGUCAGGUGGUUCAGAACAUUCAACAGAGGGCUCUGUGUCGUUGGGGGAUGGACCAUUGACCAGAUCUGGUUCAAGGAACUUUGUAACUGAACGACAUAAUCCUGCAGUAACAGGGCAUCAGGAACAAAGCUACCUUCCAAAAGAGACUCCCACUUUGCAGAUGGAACAGAAUGGGGACUAUGGCAGGGGCAGGAGAACUCUCUUCAGAGGUCGAAGACGUCGGGAAGAUGAAAGGAUCCCAAGACCCCAUCCUUCAACAGCUGAAGCAAAGGUUCCCACACCAAAGUUUGACUUGCUAGCCUCAAAUUUUCCUCCUUUGCCUGGAAGUUCAUCAAGAACCCCAGGUGAACUUGUUUUGGAGAGCAGGAUGUCUGAUGUUGUUAAGGGUGUCUGCAAAGAAAAGGAUAAUGAAGAGUUCAGAGUUAGCUGCCCAGUCCCUGCAGAGGAUGAACAGACAGACUGCACCUCUGCCCAGCAACUCAGUAUGAGCCCCAGUCCCCCAUGUACAGCUGAGCUUUCUGCAUUAAGCACAACUCAGCCUGAAAAGGAUCUAGUAGAGGAUUCCACUGUUCAGAAGGAUGUUCCCAGCCAGCCAAUAGUACCAGUUUCUUCCCCGAGUACUGCAAAGCCAUCGAGAACAAAUACUGUUUCACCAUGUAAUAAUAACAUAAGUGCGGCUGUAGCUGUGGCCCUGCAGGAACCUCGAAAGCUCAGUUAUGCUGAAGUGUGCCAGAAGCCCCCUAAAGAGCCAGCUCCAACUCUUGCGCAGCCACUGAGAGAACUGCGCUCCAAUGCAGUAUCUCCCACCAAAAAUGAAGAGAAUGGAGCUCCCGAGAAGUCCUUUGAGAAACAACAUGAGAAGCCAGAAGCAAGGGCUAGUAAGGAUUACUCUGGCUUCCGAGGCAAUGCCAUUCCCAGGGGAGCAGCUGGAAAAAUCAGGGAACAGAGACGCCAGUUUGGCCAUAGGGCUAUACCUCAGGGAGUGACUCGACGUAAUGGCAAAGAGCAAUAUGUGCCACCCAGAUCACCAAAGUAA